GCCGCCGCGCAUCCUCCCGCCGCCUGAGGACGCGGCCGCGCACCCGCGCUGCCGGCCCAGGGCCGCCUGCGCCCCCGCGGAGGGAGGUAAUCUGGCUUCCCAGAAACCUCCUGCUAAAUGCAAGGGUUUGCAGUCCUGUUUACUGACUGUUACACCUGAGGCUGAUUUUGAUACAGAUUCUGGAUAUCGCAGGGCAAACUCUCGAGUUCCCUUUGAGAAGAAGCUGCCCUCCAUCGAGAUGUCACGGCACCACAGCCGGUUUGAAAGAGAUUAUCGGGCUGGGUGGGAUCGCCGGGAUUGGAGCUCCAACGGCAAUCACGUCAGCAGCACCAACUGCAGCAGUGCUGCGAGCACCAACAGCAACAACCGCCCCGGGCUGCUGCCCCUGCCCAUCGUCCCCUCCCGGCUCCCCACCCCGGCCACUGCUGCUUGCACCACUGUCAACAGCGAUGUGAUCACGAGCCUGGUGGCCAACUCGUCUCCAGCUUCAACUACCAAAUGUCGUGCGCUGAUGUCCCUGGUGUCCUGGAGCAGCAAGUGUCGCAGCCGGGACCUCGGUUCGAUACCUCAGCUCCGUUCCCUGAUGUUCUCGCUGAGAAACGAAGGCAGCUGGACACCUUGCAUUUCCAAGACUGAAAAUCAGCCUCAAGGACUUGCAACGAGCGUCAGGUGGGGACAGACACCAAUCAAUCAGUCCACACCCUGGGACACUGAUGAGCCUCCAUCUAAACAGAUGAGGGAGAAUGAAAACCCAGGUGCAGCGCCCUGGGUCACCACGGUGGCGGCAGGCAGCCAGCCCGCCCUGAUCACACACUCCUACGGGAUGACGCAGCCACCCACCUUCAGCCCGGCCGCCAACGUCCAGGCCCCCGUCAUCGGCGUCACGCCCUCCCUCCCUCCGCACGUCACCCCCCAGCUCCCGCUGAUGCCGGCCCACUACCAGCUCCAGCCGCAGCCCUCCCAGCCCCUCAGCAACAUGGUGGUCAACCUCCAGAGCCAGCCCUUGUACACCAACAGCCAGCCCCUCAGCAUGUCCUCCAUGAGCGGCGUGGGCCCGGUGGCCCACCCGGGCCCCGGGGCGGUGGGCAACGGCCACCUGGCCUGCCCCAUGCUGCCACCGCCGCCGCCGGCUCUGCCCUCGGCCGCCCUGCCCAGCGGCGCGCCCGCCACCAACGGGCAGGCGGCCGGCCCGCUGCCCCCCAAUACGGCGGGGGGCCCGGACAACACCAACGGGGUGCAGAUGCUGCGGACCAUCGGCGUGGGGAAGUACGAGUUCACGGACCCCUGGCACCCCAAAGAAAUGUUGAAGGAGUUGAACCAGCAACGCAGAGCGAAAGAGUUUACAGACCUGAAAAUUAUUGUUGAAGGCAAAGAGUUUGAAGUCCACCAAAAUGUUCUAGCUUCCUGCAGCUUGUAUUUCAAGGACCUGAUUAAAAGGUCACCACGAGACAGUAGCAGAAGCGGGGAGAAGCUGGAAUUGGCCAUGUCCAACCUCACUGCGGAUGUCCUGGAAUUACUCCUGGAGUUUGUUUAUACAGGUUCUUUGAUCAUAGAUUCAGCCAAUGCAAAAACCCUACUGGAAGCUGCCAGCAAGUUCCAGUUUCAUACUUUCUGUAAAGUCUGCGUUUCAUUUCUAGAAAAACAGCUGACUGCUAGCAACUGCUUAGGAAUAUUAGCCAUGGCUGAAGCCAUGCAGUGCACUGAACUAUACAACAUGGCCAAAGCAUACGCCCUGCAGAUUUUCCCAGAGGUGGCAAACCAAGAAGAGAUCCUUAAUAUCUCAAAAGACGACUUCAUUUCCUACAUGUCCAAUGACAGCCUGAACACCAAAGCAGAGGAGCUGGUGUAUGAAACAGUGAUAAAGUGGAUUAAGAAGGAUGCUGCAAUCAGAGCUCAGUACGCUGCAGAGUUGCUGGCAGUGGUGCGCCUCCCCUUCAUCCAUCCCAGCUAUCUGCUAAAUGUUGUUGACAAUGAGGAGUUGAUAAAGUCUUCGGAAGCUUGCCGGGAUCUAGUGAAUGAAGCCAAACGUUAUCACAUGCUGCCGCAUGCCCGACAAGAGAUGCAGACGCCGAGGACCCGGCCCAGGCUCUCUGCAGGUGUAGCUGAGGUAAUAGUCUUAGUUGGGGGCCGUCAGAUGAUUGGCAUGAAUCAACGUGCUUUAACAGCAGUCACUUGCUUAAAUCCUCAAAACAACAAGUGGUACCCGUUGGCCAGCCUGCCCUUCUAUGAUCGAGAGUUUUUCAGCGUGGUCAGCGCUGGGGACAACAUCUAUCUCUCAGGCGGCAUGGAGUCGGGUGUCACGCUCGCUGAUGUCUGGUGUUACAUGUCCUUGCUCGAUAACUGGAACCUCGUGUCCCGCAUGACAGUCCCAAGGUGUCGACAUAACAGUCUGGUGUACGAUGGGAAAAUUUAUACCAUUGGAGGGGUCGGUGUGGCAGGCAACGUUGACCAUGUGGAAAGGUACGAUACGAUAACCAACCAGUGGGAGACCAUCGCUCCUCUGCCAAAGGCCGUCCAUUCGGCUGCUGCAACUGUUUGCGGUGGGAAGAUCUAUGUCUUCGGUGGGGUGAACGAAGCCGGCCGAGCUGCGGGGGUCUUGCAGUCCUACAUCCCUCAGACUAAUUCAUGGAGUUUUAUAGAGUCUCCGAUGAUCGAUAACAAAUAUGCUCCUGCAGUCACUCUCAAUGGGUUCAUCUUUAUUCUUGGAGGAGCUUAUGCACGAGCAACCACCAUCUAUGACCCAGAGAAAGGCAAUAUUAAAGCAGGUCCCAACAUGAACCACUCCAGGCAGUUCUGCAGUGCUGUGGUUCUGGAUGGAAAAAUUUAUGCCACUGGUGGGAUCGUUAGCAGCGAAGGACCUGCCCUGGGAAACAUGGAAGCCUACGACCCUAAAACAAAUACAUGGACACUUCUACCAAAUAUGCCCUGCCCUGUUUUUCGACAUGGCUGUGUAGUAAUCAAGAAGUACAUUCAGAGCGGCUGAUAUUACCCAGGAAUUGGAUGGAGAACUGUUUGUACCUGUUGAAAGCAGGCAAGAAGAAUACUACUACUUAAGAAACAAAAGCAGCAAAGCCAGCCAGUGAACAUAUUGCUCUAAAGUCUUGAAUAGUGUCUACAUUGAAUGUAGAAAAAUCAUCCUCACCUUUUGGUGAAAAGGAGCAGAGAGCUCCGUGCUAUGUAAGAUAUUGUAACUUAAUAAUACAAGGGUGUCACUAGAUGUUAUAGUGGCACUUGUUCUGGACGUCGGCUUUUGGUCAACCCAGGUGCAAUAGAAUUUCACAUAUUUUUUAAGCUGGGGAAGAGAGGAAAAAAAAAAAUCUGCAUUUUACUUUAGAGCUCAAGCUUGAUUCUUAAGAUAACCAUGCAGAUUAGUUUUACUAUUACACUUUAGACAUCAAUCUAUUUGAAAGGUCAAAGUGUCCUUACCACUUUGAUUCCUACAUUUGUUUUUAACAAAUACAUGCUUUUCAAUACCAAUGACUGAGAGAAAUCUUGUGUGACAGAUGGCUUACGUUGAUGUCAGUCUUCCAUCAGAUCAAAUGAAUCUUUCAGUCCUCUAGAACAGAGCCCAGAAGAGGGGUGAGGUGGGGACUGGGGAGAAGAAUAGCCAUUGGUAAUAAAUUCCAUGUAAAAUGAUGAAAAAAAAGGUCUGUUGGGCUGGAUGAGUUUCUGCUCCCGGUGAUACUUGUGUGGGCACGUGUGGCCAUGCCCACAGGUCGGGGGCGGGGGGGGGUGUGUGUGCUUCUAAACCUUCUCCUCCCGGUUUCUGCCGAUGAGCAAACUUAGCAGUGCUCAAUUCCCGUAAUGCAAAAUUAAAACAGUUUCGAUUCCAGAGGCAUUCUCCUGAUAAACCCGCUCUUCACUUCUGAUUGGGAUCACAUUAAAACACACAGUGUAGUGUGGGAUUUCCACGUUUUCAUCAAAUGGAGAAGAUGCCUCCUGUUGUGGCUACGCACUCAGUUUUGGCUCUCAACCAAAAUUCCUUACGUUGGGAUAUACGCCACUAUCUUUUAUGUAAAGUCUGAGAAGUUUUUUAUUUUAUUUUUCAAGUUUUCCCAUAGGUGUGGAAACGUUAUACUUCUCUUAUUUACAGAUUUUAAACACACGAGUUUAAAUCCCAUGGUAGAAAAAUGCAUAGACUUAAGCCCAGUAUAAGAGACUUAAAAUGAUUACUAUGUAGAGUUGUAAGUAUAUGCACAGCACAGGGGUUAUAUUUUUAUAUAUAUUAAAAUAUUGUCUAUCCAGAGAGCAUUGUGAUGUGGAAAUUCUUUAUAAAUUUAUACAUAAAAGGAUCAAAUGGGAGAUGGACCGGGUAACAUAGAGGGGGCAGGGGAAAGAAUCUUAAAAUUCACAAAUAGGAAGUAACCCCAAGCUAAGGAUUGUCUGAUUUCUUUCCAAGUAGAGGGAAAAAAGUUGCCAUACUUGCCUUUGCAGACUCAAAUCCCAAAUGCCAUGCCAGUAAUUCAAGAAGGAGGGUCCUAUACAAGGCGUGGGUGAGAUCUUACAGUCAAUAUCUAGUUGAAUUUCAUACCAAAUAUGCUAGCCUUUUUAUAUGGAGGGAGGUCUGCCUACAGCUUUGGGGAAAUCAAUGCAGAUGGUUAGCUAAUCAUCUUAUUUUGUUAAUAAUCGUUUAUAAAAUAAAAGAAAAAAAUGAAAUUUGUAUCUUGCAGUAUUUAAAGAAAAAGUGCUCAAGUCAACUGAGUCAAGCUAUAGGGUGACUCAAGUCUCUCAUUUUGACAGUGAGGUUCCAGCCUUUGUUAUGCAGUUGUUUUAUUUAUUCUUUGAAGAAAAAAAAAAAUAAUAAGCACAACAAAAUUAUAUACUAGUAUGUCAUUUAAAGUAUUUAUGUCAAACAGGGUGCAAGUGUGAACCUAAAGAUUGGAGCACAAGUUUCUAACUGCCUGGGGCAGGACUAAUUUUAGUGUUGGUGUGUGUCUACCUCCAAAGGAGGUGCUACCUGUCAACAAGACCUAAACACAUUCAACAUUUCCAAUUUAGCUUAUUUCUUCAUUUCUCACACUGGAACAAAACUGGCUAUUUCUGUGAAUAAUAUUAAAAACAGGGUUAUCUGUAAUGGUAUUGUAUAUAGUUUAUGUUUACUGUUAAGUUCUUGUUAUAUUAUAAUAAAUAUAUUUAUAGAUCUA